AUGUAUAUUGAUCCUGUAUGGAGGCGAUAUUGGCAAUGGUAUUUCCUAUUAAAUGCUAUAAUUCUAUUUGACUUAAUUGUCUCUGUUCACGGGCAAAUUGAUACGGCUACAUUAUCAUCACGUUUGAAUGUGAGUCCUAUUCGACGUCGUAAACCACUUACUACAUCAACACGUCGUCCUAUCGCCACUGGCGGUUCAUCAGCACCUGAUUGUGAUCAUGGUGGUUGUUAUCCAGCUACAGGUGAUUUAUUAGUUGGUCGAUCAGCAAAUCUUUAUGCAAGUUCAACUUGUGGUCUUCGUCGUCCCGAACGUUUUUGUUUCAUUGGUAAUUUAAAAAAUGUGAGUUGUGAUGUAUGUGAUGUAAAAGCUCCAAAUAAAUCUCAUACAAUUGAUCAAAUUGUUGCGCGAUCACCUGGAGAUCUUAAUAAACAUACUCAAGCAUGGUGGCAAGCUGAAAAUGAUCGAGAAAAUGUAACAAUACAAUUAAAUUUAGAAGCUGAAUUUGUUUUUACACAUUUAAUUAUGAAAUUUCGUACAUUUCGACCAAAAGGUAUGAUCAUUGAAAAAAGUGCAGAUUUUGGAAAAACAUGGAGAAUCUAUGCUUAUUUUGCUGCAUCAUGUGGAACACAAUUUCCUUAUAUACCAACAUUAGCAUCACCGGAUUUACCUUAUUGUGAAAGUCGAUAUUCAGAUGAUACACCAUCAACUGGCGGCGAAGUUGUUUUUCGUGUACUUUCACCGAAUACUAUUGGUAAUCGUGAUCCUUAUUCACCAAGUAUUCAAGAAUUAAUAAAAAUUACCAAUUUACGUAUUAAUUUUACAAAAUUACAUACACUUGGAGAUAAUUAUUUAGAUACACGACAAGAAACAACACCAAAAUAUUAUUAUGCUUUAUAUGAAAUGGUUGUACGUGGUUCAUGUUCAUGUUAUGGUCAUGCAAAACGAUGUAUACCAACUGAAGAUGAAUUAAAAGGAAAUAUUACAACAUUAGGCAAAGUCUAUGGUCGAUGUAAUUGUACACAUCAUACCGAAGGUUUAAAUUGUGAACGUUGUGCUGAUUUAUACAAUGAUCGUCCAUGGCGUCCAGCUCGUAUUGGACAACCAAAUCCUUGUCGUCUAUGUGAAUGCCAUGGUCAUGCUAAACGAUGUCGUUUUGAUGCUGUUCGAUUUGCACAAACAAAUUAUACAUCAGGUGGUGUUUGUGAAGAUUGUGAACAUAAUACAAUUGGUUCAAAAUGUGAAUUUUGUAAAGAUCUUUUUUAUAAAGAUAAUUCUCUACCAAUAACAGAUGCACAUGUUUGUAAACCAUGUAAUUGUGAUGCAUAUGGAACAAGAAAUAAGGGUAGUUGUGUUCAAUAUGAUGAUCCUCAAUUAGAACUUCAUGCUGGUCAAUGUAUAUGUAAAGAAUAUGUCGAAGGACAACGAUGUGAUAAAUGUAAAGCUGGAUUUUAUAAUCUUGAUUAUAAUAAUCCACAAGGCUGUCAAGCUUGUGAUUGUCAUCCUUAUGGUAUUAUUGAUAAACAAUGUGAUACAACAACUGGUAUGUGUCAAUGUAAACCAAAUAUUAUUGGACAACGUUGUGAUCAGUGUCAAGAAAAUUAUUAUGGUUUAAAUGAAAAUUCUCCUGAAGGUUGUCGACCAUGUUCAUGUCAUCCAGGUGGUUCGUAUUCUCCUCAAUGUGAUAUAAAUUCAGGUCAAUGUCCAUGUCGAGAAGGUAUGAUUGGUCGUCAAUGUGAUACACCAGCACAAGGUACUUAUUGUGCUGGUUUACAAUUCUUUACAUAUGAAGCUGAAUUAGCACGAGUAGAAGAAAAAAAAGCAAUUAUAUUUACAUAUGAUAAUCCAAAUGAACAACGUUCAUGGACAGGUACAAGUAUUGUAAGAAUUUAUGAAGGUGGUACUAUCGAUUUCGAUAUAUAUCAUAUGGCUCAUAGUGGUUUAUAUAGUUUAAUUAUUCGAUAUAUGCCUGCACCAAAAACAUGGGAAAGUGCACGAAUUGUUGUUAUAUCACAAAAUCGAACUCAACCGAAUAUAACAUUAUGUGGUAAUCAAACUUAUGAACAAGAUCUAACAUUUAAAUUGCCAGCUAAUAAAACAUUUACUGAAUUAACACAAUCAUUAUGUUUAAAUGAAAAUGAACAUUAUAAAUUACAAUUACAAUUAACUAAAUAUGGUCAUGGAGAUAAUCCACGUGAUCCAGUUAUUAGUAUCGAUUCUAUUGUAUUUGUUCCAGUUAUUGAAAAAAUUGAUGAAUUUAGUAAACAACCAUUAUUAAUAAAUGAUUAUGAAACACAACAAUGUAAACAAUUAGCAUUAACUGUUACUCAACCAGUUGAAUUACCUGAAGUAUGUCAAAAAAUUAUAUGUGGUUUAAGUGCAUUAACUAUUGGACGAACAUUACCUUGUGAUUGUGAUCCAACUGGUUCUAUCAGUACACAAUGUGACCCAAUAGGUGGUCAAUGUGCAUGUAAACCCUAUGUAAUGGGUACUAAAUGUCAUCUAUGUGUACCUGGUACUUAUCAUUUUUCACCAGAUGGUUGUACAAAAUGUAAUUGUCAUAAUAUGGGUGCAUUAAAUAAUUUAUGUAAUGUUGUUAAUGGUGCUUGUUAUUGUCGACCAAAUAUAUCUGGCCGAGAUUGUAGUACAUGUUCCCUAGGCUUUUGGAAUUUUCCAUCAUGUCAACGAUGUGAAUGUAAUGGUCAUAGUGAUCUAUGUGAACCAGAUACUGGUAAAUGUAUUGAUUGUCGAGACUCAACUGGUGGUGAUCAUUGUGAAAAAUGUGCCGAUGGAUAUUAUGGUGAUGCUAGAUUAGGUUCAACACAAGUCUGUAAACCAUGCAUGUGUCCAGGAGGUCCUGGUUCAACACAACAAUUUGGUGAUUCAUGUGUACAUGAUCCAUAUACUCAACAAGUUGUCUGUCGAUGUCGUCCAGGUUAUACUGGUCCACGAUGUUCACAAUGUGCAAUAGCUUAUUAUGGUUCACCAACAGAACAAGGUGGUCAAUGUCAACCAUGUUCAUGUAAUAAUAAUAUUAAUGUUGAUGAUCCUGAAUCAUGUGAUCGUCGUACUGGUUUAUGUCUUAAAUGUUUAUAUAAUACAGGUGGUCCUAAUUGUGAAACAUGUCGAGCAGGUUUUUAUGGUGAUGCACUUGGUCCAGAUAAAUGUAUUGCAUGUGAUUGUGGUAUUGGUGGUGUACAAGAUCAAAUAUGUAAUAGUCGAACAGGUGCAUGCAUAUGUAAAGAAUAUGUUGAAGAUACAAAAACUGGUCGUCGUUGUUCACAAUGUGUCGAUGGUUAUUGGGGUUUAGGUCGUGGUUAUUGUUCAGAUUGUAAAUGUAAUCCAGAUGGAAGUGAAUCAUCCGUAUGUGAUAAAUUUACAGGACAAUGUCGUUGUAAACCAAAUCGUGGUGGAUUACGAUGUGAUCAAUGUCCACCAGGUACAUAUGGCGAUCCAAAUGCAUGUCAACCAUGUCAAUGUUCAAAUGAUGGUGCAAUUAGUUCAGAAUGUGAUUCACAAACAGGUCAAUGUACAUGUAAACCAGGUGUUACAGGUCAAUUAUGUGAUCGUUGUGCUCGUGCUAAAUACGGUGUUGUUCCUUAUUGUUCAACAUGUGGUGCAUGUUUUACAAAUUGGGAUACAAUUAUUAAUCGUGUAACUGAUCAAGUUCAAUUAUCUAUUAAUCGUCUUAAUUCAGUUGAAAUUCGACAACUUGAAUCGAUAACAAAUGGUUAUUUAUUUGAACAAGUUGAUUCAUUACUUGAUCAAGCACAAAUAUCUCUUGGAUUAAAAUAUAAUUCCAAUGAACUUGAUCCAUAUCGUUAUAAAUAUCAAACAAUAAUCGAUCGAAUUAAUCGUCUUACAUCAUUAUUAACUGAUGAAUUUCAACCGGAAUUUCUUAAUCAAACAAAACGUUUUCGUUUUGAAGAAGAUUUAUCACAUAUAACAAAUGUUAUUAGUGAUACAUAUAAAUUAAUUGAUUUUUAUAAGAAACAAUUUAAUGGUGCUAAACAUGCUGAUUUACAAUCAGCUGGUAUAAGUGCACAAACAAUUGAACAAGAAUUAAUUGAUAUUAAAAAUCACUUAAUACAAUUAAAAGAUUUAAGUUUUCAACAACAAACAAGAGUAUCAAAAUUAAAUGAAAGUAUAAUGGCAAAUAAUGAAGAACAUCGAUUAAAAACUCAACAAACACAAGAACAAUUAAAAAAUUUUAUACAAACUUAUGAUGAUCUUAAUGAAAAAUAUGUUAAUAAAGGAAAUGUUAGUGAAAUUGUUUGUGGUUCACGUGGUAUACAAAAUAAUCAAUGUUCAAUAUGUGGUGGUGAAGGAUGUUCUUCAACGUGUGCAAAUUCAUCAUCACAAUGUUCAUCAAGUAUUCAUGGACAAUUAAAUGAAUUAAUUCAAACAAUAAAUUCCACUGAAAAUGAACUUUUAAUAAAACAAAAUGAAACAAAUCUUAUUUAUCAACAUCAAUAUACAAUUGAAAAAGAUAUAACGGAAAUUUUAAAUAAAAUUUUACUUGAACAACAAAAAUUUUUAACAUUUAAUAUAACAUUAAAUCAAACAAGUUCAAAUAUUGAUUUAAUUCAACAGCAAAUAACAAAUUUAACAGAUAUUUUACAUGAUAGAAAACCAGCUGAUAUUAGAGAAUUAAUUGAUCGAAUAUUAACAAAGAAAAUAUCAUUAACAUCAGAUAAUUUAGAAGAAAGUAUUCGAGAUAUUCGUACAUUAGUUGAACAAGCUCAAAUAAGUAGUCAAACAGGAAAUGAAUUAGAAAAAAUUCGUGAUGCAACACAUAAAUUAAAUCGAGCAAAAGGUAUUGAAGAUGCUCUAUCACCUUAUGUUAGACUUUAUGAUGCACAAGAAAAUGGCAUAGAAAUACUUGAUAAUCUUGUUGAUAAACUAGAUAAUGAAACAACUGAAUUAAAACGUUUAGCAAGUGGAACAAAUCGUCGUAUUGAUGAACUUAAAACAGCUGUUAUACAAACAUCAGAUUUACUUGAUAAAUCUGAACAGAAUCUAAAUGCUACAAGUGAACGUUUAUUACAAAUACAAGCAGUUGAACAAACUCUUAAUUCAAGUAUUCGAAAUUCAAUUGAAGUUAUUGCUAUUGAAACUGAGCGAAAUAUGGACGACUUUCUUCCAAAAUAUUUAGAAGACUUAACAACAGAUUUAACAAAGUUAAAUGCACAUUUUGUAAAUUAUACACGAGAUAAACAAGAUUUACCAGCUGAAACUCGUUCAACUGCUGUUCGUGUACGAACAUUAGAUACAAAUAUGAAAGCAUUACAACAGCAAAUUACGGAAUAUAGUUCGAGACUAAAUAAUGCAUUAAAAUCAUAUGAAACAAGUCGUGAAACAAUGCCAACUGUUCAACGUUUUGAACAAUUACGUGAUACAGCACGUAAUACACGUGAUUUAAUUAAACAACGAGCUACUCAUUAUAUUGAUUGUUAUCGAGUAGAACGAUAA